UUCAACUACUCCAAGGUGGCUUCAGAUCUUGAGGCUUCAGAAAGCAAAGAUCAGGCGAAAGAAAAAACAUUGAAGAUGGUGGAAGUAGCGAGGAACAAGCAAGUGAUUCUUAGGAACUACGUUGUGAGUGGAUAUCCGAAGGAAUCUGACUUGCAAGUAAUUGAAAGUUCCAUAGAAUUGAAAGUUCCAGCAGGUUCCGAUCAGAUCCUUCUCAAGACUCUCUACGUGUCUUGUGAUCCUGACAUGCGAACCAUGAUGAGCCAGACCGGCGUCCCUGGUUUCGGUCCAUAUUCUCUUCAUGCCCCAUUAACUUCGUAUGGAGUGGCUAAAGUGGUCGAAUCUGGACAUGCUGACUAUAAGAAAGGCGAUUUAGUUUGGGGAUAUACAAGAUGGGAAGAAUACACAUUGGCUUCUUCAAGUGAAACAUUCUUCAAAAUCCAUCACACUGAUGUCCGUCUUUCCUACUACUGCGGAAUUCUUGGCAUGCAUGGUUUGACUGCUUACGUUGGGUUAUAUGAAAUAGGAUCUCCUAAGAAUGGAGAUCGUGUAUUUGUGUCAGCUGCAUCUGGAGCAAUCGGUCAACUUGUUGGUCAAUUUGCAAAACUAUCUGGUUGUUAUGUUGUGGGAAGUGCUGGAAGUCAAGACAAGGUUGAUAUACUGAAGAAUAAAUUAGGAUUUGAUGAAGCUUUCAACUACAAGGAGGAACCUGAUCUAAAUGCAGCAUUAAAAAGGUACUUUCCAGAAGGCAUUGACCUUUACUAUGAGAAUGUUGGGGGCAGGACACUAGAUGCAGUGCUUUUAAAUAUGAGACACCAUGGUCGCAUAUCUGUGUGUGGAAUGGUUUCACAAUAUAAUCUUGAUGAACCUGAAGGUGUAAAAAAUUUAGCACAAAUCUUCUACAAGAGGGUUCAUAUGCGUGGAUUUAGUGUAAUUGAUUAUUAUCAGCUCUAUCCAAAAUAUUUGGACUUUGUUCUACCUCUUAUCAGAGAAGGGAAAAUCAAAUAUGUUGAAGACAUCGUUGAAGGUCUUGAGAAUGGCCCUAAAGCUCUGAUUGGCCUUUUUAGUGGUCGCAAUGUUGGAAAGCAAGUGUUGGUUGUUUCUCACGAGUGAUGAACUUGAAUCUCUUUGUAUUUUUUAUUUUUGGGGUUAAAUUUUAAAUUUAUCCUUAAGUUAUAAGUCCUGAAACAUCUAGAGCCUAAACUUGUUUCUGAUGCAAUGAUAUCUUUAACUUUAGAAAAUA